AAAGUAGAGCUCCGCCGCGCAGCAAGAAGGCAAGAAGUGACAAUCUAUCUGUCCAAAAUAACCUCCGUUGGACGGGAUAUGUUGAGAAUACACAGUUGGACUUUGGGAUUUUUUAUGAACUCGGAAUCAAAGGAGUUUUCUUUUUGUCCAAAUCCAUGUAGGACGUGGCGUUUACGACUGCAUUGAAGUAGUCUACAUUUGCGGCAAAAUAAACUUGCGGUUUUUUUUUUAUUUACGCGUAAAGACAGCAACAGCAACCUGGACUACUCGUUUGAAUCAGGAAUGGUUUAUCCUCCCGAAGGUUUAUUCUACAUCGAAAUGGAUCAAGCACCACCAGCUCUCCCCCCGAGGUCAACAAAGCCAGUGUCCUCCACCAUGAACAACAACUGCCUUUCGCCACCUACAUACACGCUGCAGGACGCUGAAUGGUAUUGGGGAGACAUAACCAGGGAUGAGGUGAACGAGAAGCUCCGAGACACACCUGAUGGCUCGUUUCUGGUGCGCGACGCAUCCACAAAGCUACAAGGAGACUUCACGCUGACGUUAAGGAAAGACGGGCACAACAAGCUGAUCAAGAUUUACCAGUGUGAUGGGAAGUAUGGCUUCUCCGACCCCCUGACAUUCACUUCGGUGGUGGAGCUCAUUUGGCACUAUCAGCACCACCCGUUGGUGGAGUACAACGCCACACUGGACCUUAUGCUCACCCAUCCUGUGUCCCGCUUACAGCAGGUGAAAGAGGACAGUGUCGAUGUGGCUGGAAGAAAGCUCAAGGAAGUUCACUGUCACUAUCAAGAGAAGUCAAAAGAGUUUGAUCGUCUUUAUGAAGCGUUCACAAAGACCUCGCAGGAGAUCCAGAUGAAGCGAACAGCAAUUGAGGCCUUUAACGAGACAAUGCUGAUCUUUGAGGAGCAGUGUCGCGAACAGGAGCGUUACGGAGAGAAGUUUGAGAUGAACAAUGAGUCCGAGGGAGCCGACAAAGAUCUGGAGAGCUUUUUGAUCAAUUAUGAGAAGCUGAAGUGCCGUCUUGGGGAGAUAUACGAGAGCAAAAUCCACCUGGAGGAUGACUUGAGAACGCAGGUGGAGGACUACAGAGAGACGGACAGGAAGAUUAACAGCUUGCGGCCAGACAUCAUCCAGCUGCGCAACAUCAGAGACCUGUACCUUAACUGGCUUAAUCACAAAGGCGUCAGGCAGAAACGCAUAAACGACUGGCUGGGGAUACUGAGUGACAGCCUUGAUGACACAUAUGUGUUGAAGGGAGACGAGAAGAAUUUGCCACAUCAGGAUGAGACAAAUUGGUUUGUUGGUGAACUGAGCCGGACGCAGGCCGAGGAGAUGCUUCAAGACAAGGCUCCCGGAACCUUCCUGAUCCGUGAGAGCAGCAAACAGGGAUGCUACGCCUGCUCAGUUGUCGUGAAUGAAGAGGUGAAGCAUUGUAUGAUCUACAGCACACCGCAGGGAUACGGCUUUGCUGAGCCAUACGACGCCCACUGCUCACUGAAAGACCUUGUCCUGCACUAUCGCCUGCACUCCUUAGCGCAACACAAUGACGCCCUGGAUGUUCGGCUGUCACAUCCAGUCCACGCAAAGGCUGCAGCCACGCCUUCUCAACACGCAGAGGAACACAAACUCUCACAGACUCCAAAACACACAGCGGGGCUCCCGCCUGCCGCGCCAGAAAUGUAAUUCAACAGAAAGAGACAAAAGGACAUGUUUACUGUAUCCUGCGAGAAUGACUGCAUCGAGGUGCAUCGUGUUAAGUUUUGCACUACAGUGAUUCCAUCGUUUCUGUGAAUGGGAUUUCACAGAUUGAAGUGGGACUGGAACUUGAAUGUCAGCUUGAAUUUUUUUAAUUUUUAAUUUUUUGUUUUCGAAGAGACCGUUUAAGCUUUUAAUAUUUGUUUUACUUCAUUUAUUGCCGUUUGAUUAAUGGACAUCUUUUCGGUCGGGAUGUUGACAAGCAGAAAAUUGCUCACUGACAUCAGGUGCUGCACCUUUGUUUGACUUUGACUGACAACCCGAGUUGAUGUUGCUCGAGAUGUCCAUUUCUCGAGGUAUUGAAUAUUGUAUUCAGUUCUGAAAAUCUGACCAAUAGUUUAGAAAUAUAUCUGGUUGGUAUGGAGUUAUAUUUGUGCCUCAUUCCUGAGCGUGUGAUGGCAAUUUGUGAGCACAGAAAAAAGAUUUUUGGAACACAUAAAUUAUAUUUUGGAGAGAAAUUAUUUAUCAUGUAAAGAAAAUUUAUCUUUGAGACAAAAGAGAAAAAAAAGCUUUUUUCCCCCUUCUCAAUAAAUGUAUUUACCUGUUCGCUAAUGUCCACGUAAGCAUAGAAUAAUAACCUUUUGAUGUGUACAUUUCAUAAAAUCCAACAUGGUUUUGUUGGGCAGAGGGUGCUACGUCUAAUUCUGUAAGAGUGCCCUGUCGAUGCCAUGUACAUAUUCAGGGCUCUGCACAAUGUUUUGGCUGCGAAGCUGGCAACCACAAAGAAGCCAAAUAGAUUCGUUACCUGCUUCAUAUAUGGCAGACGUUAGCUAGCAACCUACCAGGAUAGCUCGGCUGCAAGUAAAGAGUAACUAACAAAGGCUUAUUAAACCUGGUAUGUCACCAAAAAACGAAGCUGAACUCCGAGUGCUUCCCUACUCCCUGAGUUACCGAUAAUACUAACAUUCAGACACAACAGCCAAUCAGAAAUGACCUACUCCAGUUUUAUGAUUGACUGGCAUUGUGGCAUGCUGUUACAUUCAAGUUGAGUGCAGAGCAAACACAAGACACAGCGCAAGGCCCCAGAAAGCGCCAGGCUUUGAAACAAAUCUACAUAGUGGCCAAACGGGGGAAUUACAAUCUCGGCCCCAUGGAUUUCAGUGCAUUUCUCAUAGACUUCAAGUGGGAAAGAGAUGUCUGGAACUCAGCUGGAACACCCUCAUUUAAAUAAUUAGGUCCUAAAAGUUGUAAAAUGCGUAAGACCACUGGAAGAUCAGGGUAAUAUUAUACACAGAGGUCAAACUUUUUUAGUUUCAUGUUCCACUGAGCCUCUUUAAUACCAUAGCACUGCCUCCACCGCUAGAUCCAGUUCUCUUUACACAUCUAUGACGCAGAGCAGUGAUGCUGAGAGUAAGAGAAACACUGAACUAGUGUAAAAUCACACAUUGAGAGUGAAAAUGAGUAAAACUGAGGUGCACUCAUGGAUAAUAGAAAACACCGUAAGUGUGUUUGGAGCGCAAAAUAGAUUUUAGUUCAUUCAAAUUAAAUAAUUCUCUAUUAUUAUAACUAAGAAAUAUGAUUUUUUUUAUUUUAAAAUAUAUUUUCUGUGCUCAAAAUGUCCCAUUGUGUUCUCAUGAAUGAGAAAUGCGUUACUACUACUUAGUGCAUUUGUGAGGGGGGAAAUGGUGCUGUAAACAGGCUGUUUCUGUCAUACUGGUUUGGUGGACCAAACCGUUUUUUGGGUAAAUGCCACGUGUGAAUAUGUGAAAAGUCGUGGUGCAUCUAGACAAUUUGCCCCUUUCUUAACAGACAUUCAUAUACAGUGGAAAAUUAUGUAGCAUUAACAUCCUGUAGAAUACCAUUGUAAGAGCAUACUCAAUGUUAUACCCAUUGACCAAAGCACUUAAUAGUGAGCAAAACUACAUCCCUGUUAAGUCUGGUUAUUGCAGUUGGGCAAGGGGAGGGCAAUUAAUGUACACCUGCUGAUGUGCUGAUCAAAACAUAAUCUGAAGUACUGUAUGUUAUAUUCUGUUACUCAAAGAAGUAUAACCUUUUUGUAUUCUAUAUAUAUUUUUUCUAUAAACAUGCCACAAGAUGAAAGCUUGAAGAAAGUGCAAUCCAACAGUAUUUCUACUGUUGCAAUGGAUGACGAUGACGAUGAUGGUGGUGAAGGUAAUGCUGUUAUGAGAGGUUGACAUUUGCCACAAAAAUGCACUCUCUUUGGUGGUGUUGGUAUGAUGUGGCCUCCGAUGUUUGUGUGAACUGCCAGAGGUCCGGAAGUAUCCUGCCUCCAUUACUUGAACUGUGGCAUUGCUCAAGCGAUGAAUGUUUUUUCAUGACAUGCAGCCUACAUAGCUUAAGAGGAAAGGAAUCCAUGUUGAACUUGGCACAUUUUUCAAGUUUGAGGACAAUAGAUACUCUGUACAGAGAAACUGUCAAAUGUAUUUCUGAGGUUGGUUUAUGGAAGGAGGGUGAUUAAGCCUCUUAUAAAAAUAUAACUCCACUGGGGGAUUGAGGAAACUCCUCGGGUGAAGAAGCUAAGCAAUGAUGUGAGAUCCUGACCUUUUUCUUGCUGAAAGACAAUAAACUGAUGAGGGUUUUGUCAAUUUAA